AUGCUGCUUGUGCUUGCUUUUCUACCCUUGGCUUACGCAAUAGUGACUUCAAGCUCUCGUCGACAUUGUGUUGUUUCGAAACCUGCCGUAACCCGUCUUCUUUCGUCUGUCAAACCCUUUCUUCUCGUGCAGCCUGGCAGCCAUGGCGGCGGCAGCGGUGGGAGUGUUGGCGGUGUUGAUAGCGGCGAUGGCGCUGCCGGCGCCGACAUCCACGGGCAGCAAGAGUCGCCGGUGACGUUCACGAGAAACGCCUUCGUGGCCGAGCAGCUCAAGCACCUUGCGAGGGCCGUCAGCAGCAUCCCAUCGUCCCCUGCGGUGGGACAGGAAGUGGGGUGGUGGGGAGACAGAACAGCCGGGGGCGGGGGAGACAACAACCCGCACAUGGGCAGCGCGCCACCCGUGUUCUUGCUUCAGUCCCCCGCCUCGCACCUCUAUCGGCAGCUCCGAUCGACGCCAUCCACAGCGAGCAACACCGAGGCUUCUGGGAGCUCCUCUCGGCCCCUGUCCCACUCUGGAGGCGCUGCUUCGCCCAACGAGAGAGCUGCCGCCGCUGCCGGCGCGGCAGGCACUUUGGAUGCAACCACCACGCCCCCUCGCCUUGAUUCGGCAUCAACGUCGGGGGGAAUCCUGCAGUCGCCCGGGGGAGAACGGGGUGCCGGGGCGGCGGCACCGACCGCCUUGGCGGCUGGUUCGGCCGCAGGAGGCGGCGGCGCCGGUGGCCCUGGAGUCCACGCCGCUCCUUCGCCCGCUGGCCCUCCCGGCAUCGGCGGUGCUGAGCGCGAGGCGUCCUGGUCUCAGGGAUCGACGGUCCAGGAGUACCUCGUCGCCCAGCUGCAGCAGCUGUCGCAGCUACUGGACUCGCCGCCGCCGCGUCGGGAGGCGGGGCCGAAGACCGGCUCGACGCUUCCAGAGCUGGCGGUGGCCGUGGCACCCGAAGAAGAACGGCGCAGGAGCGGAAAAAGGAGCUUGGAGAGGGCGGGCAGCGGCGGGAGUUCCCUGCAAUACUCGCUGUCGACCGCGUCCUCGAGGUCCGGUAGCCCCUUCUCGCUCGACGGGACGACGGCAGCGAUGGCUGUGACAGCGGCCAAGAAGGCGUCCCGUGGCAGCGGGAGCGAAGGCGGCGGCGGCGAAGGCAGCGGCGAGUCUAGCAAAAUCGACGUGGAGGGCGUAGAGCCAGUGUCAAGUUCGACCACGCCCUCCGCGUUGUUCUCGGCGGGGAGGAUGGUAACAACGCCGCUGUGGCCGCCGCCGGUGCCUCGGGGAGCGGCCGCCCCAUUCGAAGGCGGUGGACUCGCUGCGGCCUCUCUCCGACCGGCGGGAGACGCACGAUCUCCACCAGGAGGCGGAGCCGGCAAGGUCAAGGAGGGCGAGCGAAAAUCUCCCACUUCGGUAUCGCCGCCUCCAAUGGUGUCCCCGGUUCCCGAAAGCGCCGUCGGCAACAGGUACGGCGGCGCCGGGCUGCCUUCGGCGGCGGGGGUGCGACCGGGGACGAGAGUCUCAUCCAGCGCGGCGGUCCGGGAGGGUAACGGCUACAAGGACGUCGAAAAUGGCACCGGCAGCGGCGGCGUGACCGCGGACGGCGUGGGCGACGACGGAGGGCGGCCCGGCAGGGAAAGGUCGACGUCGGCUGCGGCUUCGUCGGCCGCGGCUUCGACUGGCCACAUAUGGAGCAUGAGGUCCGUCCGGGAAGGGUCGGAGGAGAGUGGCGUGCUUCAUCCCACGAGGAGGCGGUCCUCGUACAGGAGCAGGAGCGGGGCUUCCCACCGCCUCACGGAGGCGUUCGGGCGGGCCAAGCUCUGGCGGCGCAUGCUCGACUCGGAGUCGCGCACGGGGAGCGCCGUCAUGGCCGGGAUAGAGGACGAGAACAGGGGGGCGCUGGAGCAGGGGCUUGUGCUGCCGUGCGCUCCCUCGGACGAAGAAAAGGUGAUCUACCACAAGACCGGCAGGUGUUUCCUUGUGACCGCUGGCGUCGUUUCGGUAGGCGCUUUGUCCGCGGGCAUGUGGCUCUUCACGUUCGCGGCCCCCUUCUUCUACUGGUUUGCCGCCCCGACGGCCUUCAUCAUGGGGUACCUCUUGCUCUCUUAUUUCGGGGUGGCCGUGUGGGGCAAAGACUUCGACCCGGAGGACCACGCCGCGAGGCUCCGCAAGGCGCAGCACGAGCACUACUACCCGUCGGUCGACAUCUUCCUGCCGGUCUGCCGGGAGCCCACCCACUUGCUCGACAACACCUGGAAGUACGUGCGGGCCCUGGACUACCCCAACGUGACCGUGCAUGUGCUGGACGACGGGGCGAAGGAGGAGCGACGAGCUUCCGAACGCGAAAACACGUGCGAUCGCGCACCGAUUGUGUCGUGCAAAGUACAAACGAUGCACGCUUCGCAAAACACGCUCGAAACUGAAACCGCAGACAUUCGGCGGACCAACAUCCCGGAGCUGAAGAAGGCUGGCAACCUUCGGUACGCCUUCGCCCGCACUUCCGGCGAGGUCUUGGUCAUCUUCGACGCUGACUUCUGCCCCAGGCCCGAGUUCUUGAAGGAAACCACGCCGUACUUCAAGGACAGAGAUGUGGCCAUCCUGCAGACGCCGCAGUUCUUCCGGUACCGCGAGGAGCAGACGUGGGUCGAGAAGGGCGCGGGCGUGACGCAGGAGCUCUUCUACCGAAUGGUGCAGGUUAAUCGGGACAAGUUCGACGCGUCGAUUUGCGUGGGCACGUGCGGCGUGUACCGGCGCGAGGCGCUCGCGCCCUUCGGCGGGACCGCGGCUAUCGGAUAUUCGGAGGAUGUGCACACCGGCUUCAACUGCAUUCAGCUCGGCUACAAGGUGCGCGACGCCUGGACAUGCGUGUCGGGCUGUACUUUGACCGGCACCUUCGCAAGAGCAACCGCCUGCUCGGGCAUAAGUUUCUGCCAUUCUCUGUCGUUUUAUAGCAUGUACCAGGUGAAGUACGUCCCGCAGGUGAUGGCGAUGGGGACGUGUCCCGACGAGCCGCGGGCCUUCUUCAUGCAGCAGUACCGCUGGUGCAUGGGAAGCACCACCCUCCUGUCCAACCGGGAGUUCUGGCAGUCCACCCUGACCAGGAAGCAAAAGCUUUGCUACCUCAGCGGGAUGUUCUACUACUCGGCCACGGCGAUGGUGAGAGAAAAAUGGGAUGCACAGCGCAUGAUGGCUAUUUUCCUUUUCGAGAAAAGCCCUUUGCUUCUUGGGAAGUUUUUCACCGACCGUGUUGUCUAA